AUGUAUGCCAAUUUACUCCCAGUUAAUGGGAAAUGGAAACAACAAAUCACUGACUAUUUAACCGAAGAUGUCCCCUCGUUUGAUUUCGGAGGUUUUGUUGUCGGCCAAAAAGAAGAAACCGCCACCUUAUUAAUGAAACAAUCAGGUCUUAUUUCUGGUAUACCAUUUGCCAGUGAGGUCUUCAAACAAUGUGAACUUGAUGUUGAAUGGCAUUAUAAAGAAGGAGAUUUCAUUUCCACCGAGGAAUUAGCUAAACACAAUGGUAAAUUAUUGGUUGCCACCGUUAAAGGACCUGCCAACAAGAUCUUAUUGAGUGAAAGAACAGCUUUAAAUUUAUUAGCUAGAUCUUCAGGUAUUGCUACUCAAUCUUACACCACUAAGAAGUUAGCCGAUGAAGCUGGAUACACCGGUUUGAUUGCAGGUACUAGAAAAACCACUCCUGGGUUGAGACAAUUGGAAAAAUACUCCAUGUUGGUAGGUGGUGUUGAUACUCACAGAUAUGAUUUGAGUUCAAUGGUGAUGUUAAAAGACAACCAUAUUACUUCUACCGGUAGUAUCACUAAAGCUGUCAAAUCUGCCAGAUCUGUUUGUGGAUUUGCUAUCAAGAUUGAAGUUGAAGUCAGUAACGAAGAAGAUGCUAAAGAAGCCAUUGAUGCUGGUGCGGAUGUUAUUAUGUUGGAUAACUUCAGUGGUAAAGAAUUACAAGAAACUGCUCAAAGAUUAAAGAAACUUUAUGAUGGUAAAAAAUCUUUUUUAUUAGAAUGUUCAGGAGGUUUAACAUUACAAAACUUGAGUUCUUAUCUUUGUAAUGAUAUUGAUAUUUACUCAACAUCCUCAAUCCAUCAAGGAUGUGGUAUUAUUGAUUUCUCUUUAAAGAUCAAAGCUUAG